CAGCUGUUGGGGAGCAAAACAAAACAGAAAAGAGGAGCUGGUUUAUUUACUGAUCUCCAGUCAUGAAGGCGGCUAAUAGAAGAACCUCGGCCAGCUUAAUUCUUGUGGCUCCAAAUGAAGGAAAAAGCAAUGACUACAACUUGCUGAUGCUGAAACGUAGUGACAACACGGCAGUAGUGCCUAAUCAAACCGUUUUCCCCGGUGGCCUUUUGGACUCUGAAGCCGAUGAGAGCGUGGACUGGUUGCAAUACUUCGAGGAGUUCGGUGUCCCCCAGAAGGAACUGCGUCGACUUGUACUUAUAAGUAAUGAUCGACCUGCUAUUUUGGCUCCACAGGGCAACGGUUGUUAUGAUCGUUUCUUCAAAAACUCGGUUAUUUGGUCGAGAGAGAUUACGUUACGUCUCAAUGCUCUACGGGAAUGCUUUGAAGAGGUGGGUGUGUUGCUCGGCCGAAGUAUCAAGGAUCUUAAGGACUUUGGUCCGGUGGCCUGCGUUCAGAAUGUGCCUAAUCUUCAAAAUUGGCAGCAACGAGUGCACAACAAACCCAGUGAGUUUCUUACCAUGUGCCGGGAGCUAAAGGUUGUGCCUGAUCUGUGGGCUCUGCAUGAAUGGUCUGCUUGGGCCAGUCCUGGAUUUUUGCGAAAAGGUUAUGAAACUGUCUUCUUCAUGGCUUUUGUGACCUCGCAACCUAAAUUACUAGCUGAGCGCUCUGAAGUUAAGGAGACACUGUGGUCCACCCCGAUUGAGUUUUUACAAAUGACUAAUCUCGGAGAAAUUUGGCUUCUUCCUCCUCAAAUUUAUGAAUUAUCCCGUCUAAUGGGAGUAAAAACCUAUAAGAGCCUUUUGGAUUUUGCUGUAAAACGCAGUGCACUAGGCACCACAAUGUUUGUCCCGGUGACCUAUGAAUGCGAGGGACGGAUGGUGUUUGUGUUGCCAGGUGACGACUUUUAUGUUCCAGAACCGCAUUUGGUGCGAGAAAUUAUUAAUUUUCCUGGAACUUUGGAGGAGUUUCAAAGCCGUUCGAAAUGCAUACACCGCUAUACUUCUAAUGCCUCUAUUUUUGAUGUAGAACUUAAUUUUUCGCCACCAAACAAUCACUUGAAACCGCUAAAAUUCCAUCAAGAGCGGCAAAAGUUGUAAUCACAUUCCCUGGCUGCCUGGAUGACCAUUAAUGACAGUGGUGACCCCAGCUGCUAAGCUCUGAUAAGAUGCUUAACGUGACCCCGGCAAUGGAGCCAUCACAAAUUGUUGUUUUGAAAUUAUUUUAAGCGGCUUUACCAGACCAAAUUAUCAAGAGGAUGUGCCCAAAAAUGGAAUUAAUUAUAAUUUUAUAUACAAUUUUUAAUUAAAAGCGUACAAUUUA